CAGAGGGACGGAAAAUGGAGGGACCUUCCUGUGCCAGCCCCUUCCCGCCCCCCCCGGACACCUGGGUCCCUCCCGAGCGGGCUUGUGUGCACGGGGGCGAGUCCCCCUCUGCAACCCUCUGAGCGCAGGAGGAGAAACAGCCGCAGAAGCAGGAAAUCGGGGGCUGCCGGGGGUGGGGAUCGGAGCCCCAAAUCCCCCCCCCUGCCAGCUGAGCCAGGUCCGGGGCCGCAGGAGAGCACCGGAGCGGUGUUUUCAGUCGAAAAAGGGACCGGACCCUCAACGUCCGGUUAUCGGUGUAACCGCAAUCAGCCUCUCGGGCCAGAGCAGCAGCGGCUGCCCCCAGGAGGAGCUGCUAAUGGAAAGAAGUGGUUCCAGCCUCCAGCAGAGUGAGGUUUGAACAACAGGUGCUGUGUGUUAAGCGUCAGGGUAGUCCAGAAAAAUGAAGAUGAUCCUGAGAAUAAACCUCUAUGACUUGACUCUAUGACAGAACUGUGUACUUUAAGGAAUGCCAGUGCGCAACCACAAGCAGUGGGGAGCAACUGGCCUUUAAAGAGCUAAGUGCCUAGCCAGCAGGCGUCAGCGGUCAGCUACGUAGUUAGCGUCACAGCAUCCACAGUCGAUGCUCUUUUAUCUGGCGUCUAAACUGUGCUGCAGUCAGACUAGUGCGAGGUGAAAUGGCAACACCUGAAAAGAGAAAGAUUCGAAGGCUGUGCUCUUUUAAAGACAAGUGGUUGCAACUCCCAGCGUAUCGGAAUUGGCUUAUGAAGGCAAGUGAAGACUCGGGAUAUUGUUCUAUUUGUUGUGUUCAAUUCACGGUUAAGUUUGAUUCUGUAAAAGCUAUCAAGCAUCAUGCGGAGACACCGGGUCACAAAAUCAAAGUACGAGCACAGGUACGGUCUAGUACUAUUGAUCAGUUCUUCGUAAAGGCUGAUACCUCUGAAGAACAACACAUGUGCACAGCUGAAUUGCUUUUAACAUAUCAUGGAGUUAAACAUCAGCACAGCUACCAUUCUCAAGAUUGUGGAAGUACGUUGUACCGCUCCAUUUUCACUGAUUCCAAGAUAGCUUCCAAAAUUCACUGUGGAAGGACAAAAGCGGAGGCUUUGAUUGAGAAUGUGUUAGCCCCCCAUUCAUUGAAAAUGGUCGUGCAAGACAUUGGAUCAACACCGUUCUCAAUAGCAAUGGAUGCUUCUAAUAAAGGGAGCACAAAAUUAUUCCCAGUUGCCGUCCGCUACUUUACUAAAGAUAAGGGAAGCCGCACGUGUAUCAUAGACUUUUUCGAGGAUGCCGACGAAACAUCAGAGGCAAUCGCAAACAACUUAAAAAGUUGUCUUCAAAAUGCUGGUCUGAUACAUAAUAAAAUCGUGGCGUAUGGAGCAGACCAUGCAUCUGUUAAUUUUGGAAAACACAAGUCUGUUUUUGUGCACCUAAAACAAAUGUUGGAUUUACCAAACCUUGUGCCGGGCCAUUGCAGCGCUCACAUAGUACACAAUACAGCGAAACAUGGCUUGAAAAUGCUUUCUUAUGAUGUAGAGCACUUGGUCAUCAACGUUUUCAGUGAAUUCUCGUCUAGUGAAAAGACUGUUAGUGAACUUAAAGAGUUCUUUGACUUCAUGGAGAGAGAAUAUUCAGAAAUCUUACCCCACAUAUCUACACGGUUUUCUGACCCUUUUCACGGCUGUAGACAGGUUACUGAAGAGUUGGCCAGCACUCAAAUCUUACUUUGUGAGCAAAGGAGAGGAAAAUGUGUGCUGUGCAAUAUGGGCCUUCCUUUCUGAGCGAGAGCAUGCAGUGUCCGACGAUGAAACUCUUACGCUUCCUGAGCUGUACAUCUAUUUUGUGCACAACAUUAUGAGCCAACUGAACAACACCAUAAAGGUUCUUGAGAGUGAUUACGUUCAGGCAACUGAACUGUAUACUACGUUCAACGAGCUGAGGAGAGAGAUUCAGAAUCGACAAGAGAAAGGAUUCUAUGGGUACAGGGUGACACAGUUCUUGAAGAAACUACCACCUAACCAGCAGAAUACGUUUGUUGGAGAUGCCCAAUGGGCUUACACACGCAUGGUACAGUACCUGGAAAAGUGGUUUGAUUUCAGUGAAAACUCAUUCUCUAAGUUGUGUGCACCACUCAGUCUGGACAGACCUCUCGACCUAGAUGAACUGUGUGCUUUGACUACAAACUUCGACAUUCAAGUGGACGGAGAUGAACUAUUUACAGAAAUGUGUAUGCUGAAUGAUGUGCUACUGACCCUAAAGAGUUCGACAAAUGAUGCUGAAUCGACACUGCGUCGGCAGCAACAAGAGCACCACAAUGUCUCUGAGGUGUGGGUAGAAUUCUUUAAGCGCUGCGAGGCCCCGAACUUACUUAAAAUUGUGCAGCAUGUGCUUGCUAUACCACCCAGCAAUACAUUUGUGGAACGCAUUUUCAGUGUUAUGAAGAACUUGCGGACUGAUGAAAGGAAUCGGCUCCAAGUGGACAUGGCAAAAGCUGAGCUGUUCGUGCACUUCAACUAUCAAAUGACAUGUGCCGAGUUUGCUGGAUUUUUGAAGACGGGGGCGGCUAAGGAGCUUGUGACAGCAGCAAGAACAUAUCAGAAAUCCCAACCGCUGUCCCCUGAUUGGGCAGACAGGCAGGCUUCAUGUGAGCUGCUCCCAGCCCAGCUCUGCGGGUGGCAGGUCAUGGUGGGUGUGAACGUCAAGGAAGAGAACUCUGAGAAGAUGGCAUCCCCUGGGGCAUUAUGGGAAUAUCCUGGCUUCCAGCAGAAGUGGCUGCAGCCCCAUCCUGAGUGUGUAUCCCAGGAGGCAGGAGAGGGUGAAUCUCCAGGACCCCAGAACAAUGCACCACAUGUCCCCAGAGAGGUGCCCCAGCUGGCAUUUCCAGCGCUGCAGCCUGAGCUCAACUCCUCUCCCCCGCCCGUGAUGAAGAUGGGGCGAGGGUCCCUGGAGCAGCCAGCACUGAGAGAGGAGUUCUGGGGGCUGCAGGGGCCGGUGCGGUUUGAGGAUGUGGCUGUGACCUUCACGGAGGCGGAGUGGGAGCUGCUGGACGAGGAGCAGAGUGAGCUGUACAGGGACGUCAUGUUGGAGAACUAUUGGAUCCUCCAGUCGCUGGGGGCCUGUCACUCCAGACAUUGCACAGAUCCUGGACCAGAAGGCAAAGCGCUGCCCUAAGAACCGCAGUCUACAAAUACCACCACAGGAAUGGGAGUGGGGGAGGGGUUGGAAUGACAUCAACUAUAUUGGUCUAGCAGCUGUAAUUUCCGAAUGCCCCAUUCUGUGUUUUUUUCCAUUGGUUUAGGGCAAUCCAGGCUGUUUGGCUGAGUCCAGAGGAAUCAGGGGUUUAUGUGUGAUUGACCCAAGUAGAAUGGAAGGUCAAAUAAGGGACAGGAGUGGGUUUCUCUGGCCCACUGAGAAAGUCCCAGUUGUGCUUCCCUUGCCUGUGGAGUCCUGCCCCUGCUCUGACAGCUGGGUGUAAAAUGGUUGGAUUUCACUCCAAAACUAUGACUUCCACCCUGGGCACUUCAGUUCAGUCGUCUUCUUAGGCAUCCGAAAGGGGAUUGCUUUUCAUACUAUAUUCCCCCAGCCCCCUCUCCCAGCAUGCUUUGUCACAGACAAGGCUGUUUAGAUGGCUGUCAUGGUGGAUGAAGCUUCCCAGAAUGCCUUGCCACGGGCAAGACUACAAAGAUGGCCAAUAUAAUGGUGGAAGGUUCCCAGGACGGGGCCGAGUUAGACAACCCCUCACGACUGGCUUUCCUGUGUUCCAGCCAACGUCAGGGCCACGAGAGGUGGCAAGGAGCUGAGGUGGUGGCAGUAGGAAGCUCCCGAGAGGGUGGCACUGCCCCAUGUCCCCUCCCCACAGCUGGUGAGCAUGUGGGACCAGUGCCACCCCUGCCCCAAAUGCGGUAAAAGCUUCCUCACCACCUCGGCCCUGCAGAUGCGUCGGAGGAACCGUUCUGGGGAGAAACCAUUCCAAUGCAGGGCCUGCGGGCUGCAGUUCAGCCGGGGUUACAGUCUGAUCAAGCACCAGGCCCUGCACAUGUGGAGUGGCCCUACCGGUGCCCUGACUGUAUCCAGCCCUUAUCUUGUGGGUGAGCUAGUGCAGAGCUGUUAGAUUUCUUUUGUACUCGCUUUCUGAGUUUUGAGAUGUUAGGAGCCACAGAUUCCAACCCUUCUUUCCAAGCGUGAGAGCUAGAAAACUCCCUUUUUUUAAAUAAAUACAUUGAAAUUUGCUUGUAAUCAUAGGACUCUGGCAGCUGAGGAUUAAAGUAAACCUCCACAUAUCAGGACUGGUGAUAAGAUUGCAACUACUGAAAUGUCCACUGACUUCCAGGACCAUUGGGUUGCCGUCAGUAAGGGCUGCGGGUGAAAAUGAUGUGUAUACAGAGGGCUUGUCUGCACUACCCUUUAAGUCAAUGUAACUUACGUUGCUCAGGGGUUUGAAAAAGCCACCCCCCGAGCGACGUAAGUUAGAUCAACUUAAAGCAGUGUCUACAUCAUGCUAUGUUGCGUGAGACGCUCUCCCUAUGCCAUAGCUUCCGCCUCUCGUUAAGGUGGAGUAAUUAAGCUGAUGGGAGAGCGCUCUUCCAGCGGCAUAGUGCGUCUUCACCAGACGCAUUACAGUGGCGCAGUGAGGGUGAUUAACAACUGGAACAAAUUCCCAAGGGAAGUGGUGGAUUCUCCAGCUCCUGAUGUCUUCCAAUCCUGGCUGGAGGAUGCUUUAGCCACACACAAGUCAUUGGGUUCAAUACAAGGGUAAGUGGGUUGAAUUUUCUGGCCUGUGUUACACAGGAGGUCAGACUGGAUGGGCUAAUGGCCUUAAAAAAUAUGAAGUCAUUCCCCUGGCACCAGCCUGUCUCAGAGGAAAGCAGCCAGGUCACAAAACAACAGCGGGGGCAAGGGCGUACUGUAAUGUCCAGCAUGCACGCAGUCAGAUACUGUACCGGGGGAGCGGUAGAAGCGCUUAUGAUCACCUGCCAACGAGAGCAACUUUGUUAUGUUCUGGACAGGGGGAAAGCUGUGCCCGGAGAGGAUCUCUUAUUAGCCAUCCACUGAGGAGAGAGAGCAAGAGAUGCCUGACUGGGUGUGUUCCCUGCCACACACUAGGAUUUGUUGUUCAUACCACAGUAACCCCUGAGUGCUCUAGUUAUGGGUCAGGACCCCUUUGGGCCAAGCGCUGUACAAACACAGAAUCCUAGAGGUUACAGCCGAAGUGAUUGUGAUUAAACUAGUAACCUAGGGGCAACACCAAGGGAAGCCAGUAAUGAGAUCUGGCCAAGAGCCCCGUGUAGAGCUAAGGGGAGACGUGUUUGUAUUGGUGCCUGGGUCUCUGAUUUACACAGGCUAUGAAUUAAACUUCUUGUUUUAAUUCUU